AUGUACUCGGAUAUUGAACGCAGCAUGAAAUCAAGAGAACACACAAGAGAGGCUCAUUUGUGGAAGAGUGGAUUGUAUGGUGAUAUAAUAUCAAGCGAUUCCGAAUAUUUUGAUUUGGAAAAGAAUGAGAGUCAUCGCCAGGCUUUUUUAAUUUCGGGACAACGAAUUAUUGGAACAGGUUCUCUUGAGAUGAAAUCUCCUAAAGUAUUCUUUCAACCAACUCGAAUGAAUUUUGAACUGUUUGAUAUGAUUGAUUGUGAUUCUUGCGAAAGAAUUAAAAAAAUUUGUGCAAAUCAUAUCGGAUGUGUGAUACUUACUUCAAAUAAUCGAGUGUUUUUGAGUCACAAGCGGAAAGUGAAUGAGGAGACAAGAAAAGUACAUAUUGAUGGAAUUGAGUAUUUUAGUAAUUUUUAUUGCAUUGAUCACUUUUUCACAAAGACAUCAGAAUUUGUCGAAGAUGUGGAAAUUACUCUAAGAUAUACUUACUUUCUUACUAAUAGCGGAAAGUUAUAUGCUUUAGAAAUCGAUCCACUUACAUCCAAUCUUGAGCUAAUUUUGAAUAGUAUUAUUCGAUACAUAAAAUCGACAAAAAGUAUUACCUAUGCAGUUGGAUAUAGGAAUGACCUGUAUCGUAUCACUAAGGAGGCAGUUUGGGAGGAUAUUUCACAUUUAUUUUCUAAUAACCUAAGAGAAAAGGAAUUCAUAAAGUCUAUUGCUUGCUGUGCUAGCCAUUGCUUUUUCAUAAGUAACCACAAUAGAGUAUUUGGGAUGGGCAACAAUGAACAGGGACAGUUAGGAGGAGGUCUUUCCUUUUCGAAAAACAAAGCACUCACGGAAAUUACUCUUCCAUUCGAAAAUUCUUUUCUCAAGCAAAUAGUCACUGGAAAUGAGCAUACCUUAAUACUUUCGACAAGUGGAGAUGUGUAUGGAUGCGGGGAGGACAAAAUGAUCGGUACGAAAAAGAAUGUCACUCGUACCAACCAAUGGAAGAAAGUGAAAGACAAUAUUUCUCAAAUUUAUGCAGAUGUUUAUUCAUCAUAUUUGAUUUCCAAAAAGAGCAAUUUGUUUGUGUGUGGAAGUAAUAUUAUGGGAUGUUUAGGUCUCUCGUUUGAAAUUCAAGAAGUUUGUACAUGGAAAAGAAUCACAUUGGGAACUAACAAAAUCGUUCCUUGGAUGAAAUGUGGUUUUGCUUUGUGCUUCCUCAACUGUAUUAUUUUGUGUCGAGUCGCAAUUUUCAAAUACUGA